AUGUUGUCUGCAUCUACAAAUACCUUGUAUCCGGCGUUUUCUAAACGCCAACCAGACCGCACUAUCACAUCGAGCUCAUCGGGCCCAGUCGAUAGACAGCUUUCGCGCGGGCAGUUAAAUGUCUGGUCAUACCAAGAACCCCCGCUCACUGUCGGGGAAUACACAUUGAGAACAUCCCAGCAUCUCGAGGUUUUCGAUCCAAAUAUUAAACAGACUGUUACCAAAGAACUUUCAUCUCCCGAUACGCAGCUGCGUGUAUCCAGCCCAAACUUCCAGCUAGUUGAUCCACAUGCGGACAUUCACAGCGUAUACCCAGCUUCUGGACACAGUGACUAUGCAAAAACGCUUGCACACGUCGUCUUUAAUCGCCCUACAACACCUUGGGAGCGAGAAAUUACUGGUGGCAAUGGAGGACGGAGCAGUGGUGGUUUGGCGAAUAGCCGGAUUCCAUGGCUAGGUGUCUUGAGCUUCACAGAGGAUGAGCUUGCUCUUGACGAGAGUAAAUGCCGUACUGCGGGAAUUGAAGAUCCCAAAUCGCAGCCGUCCAGCAUGGGGACUAUUUCGACAACUGCUUCACAUCUUGAGACACUUACAGGAGUGGUUUCGCCACUCAGUGGCAACGCGGGCCUUCCCAUCAAUGAAAAGAACUACUCAGCCACGGAUAGAGUCAACUUUGUGUUAAUUACCAGAACUCUGUUCCAAGAGCUCUUUACAAGCUAUAAAGAGUCAAAACAGUCACCAUUUGUACCCGACUUGGGUCGGUUUUCACACAUGGCUCACGUACGACAAACUCAUGCUGGCUUCAUGGCUAGUACCGUCAACCUCAUGAGCAAUAGUGGCGCUGGUCCGAACCCGCAGCCUGAGUUUUCUGUAGUUGUUAGCCCCAGGACUGGUCCUCCUGGAGAAGACAAACCGCGUCGUGUCAUCUCGCAUCUCAUUUCACUAGAGGGAGUCUCCAGGAUGACGGCAGACCUGCAACCACAGGCAGAAUUCGCAGGAUUGGUAUCAUUAUUCAGCUGGGACUGGAUGUGUGUUCCAGAAAGUCACAUUGAUUUUAGGAACACUAUGGAGAGCCUAGGCAAAAAUGUGCAACCGUUACGUAUUGAGAUGCCUAAAGAAUAUAAGAAAGAGCUAGACCUGGCCCAAAAGGAGUUUGACAAGAUGGAUGAAAUUGAGAAGCCAGAAGAUGGCAAACCGGAAAAGAAGGAAGUCACAGUAUCACAGGAAAGGAAAAGUCAUGCGAAGGCAGAACGAACAAAAGAUCCGAUGGCCACCUGGAUACAACAGAAAUUAUAUGCUGGAUACACACUGAAGCCUCAUACACUUCCCACGGGCGAGAUUACUCGGUCCCUUAUGCGCGGCCCAUUCAUCCCCGUGUCACCAGCACGAGAUAUGAUUAGCUGCUUCUCCAUGACAGGCGAAGAUCUCGGCUUAAUUGAUAGCGAGACAGGGAUCGAAGAUAUCUCAUACAAGAUGGCAUGGCAUCUUGGCCGAUCUCUUGCAAUGGCAGAUCGCUCUUUCACUGCAGCGCUUCUCCGAUUUCGAGGCCAUGUUCAUGCGGAGGCUGUUCAACGUGUUAAGGCUAGGAGGGCCGUUACAAUGAAGGUCAAUGGUACUGAUACGGGUGACCUCACAUUGGCGGCAUGCUUCGGAUCUCUCCACGAGUCGGUCAAUCAGCUCCAAAAGGCACAUGAUAUCACGAACUUAACGGGUGGUGACUCGCGGUGGUUGCGCAAGCGAGAAGAUCGACAAAGUGGUCUUCUGGCGCGUCUAGCAGUUUCCGGUGCGCCUCUAGACUUAGAGGAAGGCACAUAUAUAGAAGAGCUCGAGGCUGUUGUUAAUGCCUUCUUCGGCUUUCCUCCUCCACACACAGAAGCAAAGCCUGAGAUUCCUCCUAUUCCCCAAAGAGCCAUAGACUCAGAUGCGGUGCUGGUUCGAGCAUGGGCUCUAGAUAAGUUUUUCCUCGCCGGCUUUCCUUUGCAUAACCUUGUCCCUGAUCCAGACAUGCUCCCUCGUGAAUCAAUCCGGACGUUCUGCAUAGAUCCAAAGUGGGUGGAUUCCGUUAUUGAUGGAGGGCUGAGCAUGGCCAAUCAUUUUGCCAAUGGCGACGAUGUGAUUCGACGAGCCAUCAAAUCUUGCCUUAAUCGGUACAUGGCCGAGGUUCGAUCUGAUGGUCCUGGAAAGGGUACUACGGUGCAGAUGCCGAAAUGGGGGUUCUUGCUUCGCAGUAUAGCAGUCACUGCAUUCCCUGAUCUCAAAGUAGAGGCCAAGUUCAGCGAAGAAGUUCCUGAAGGUAUCCGCGAGGUACUUUACAUGCAAUUGCUGGCUGACGAUAUCUUGCUUUGCUUGUUUGAUCGCAAACCAGGGGAGAACAACUUUAAUAAGAUUUGUAUUUCUCAGCCAUCUCAUCAGCAAAGCUUCGAAGCAGGAGAAAGCCUCACAAAGUCUAAGCUAAAGGGUUGGUUUCGUCCAAUUCCGUUGGUGCCCCUAUCAUCCGAGGUUGGAGAGGAGAGAAAAAAGUUGGAACGAAUGUUUGCUCCCGCAGCAAGAAGUAGCUCUGAUACUGUUUACGACUGGGAGACAAGAAUGAUUCGACCCGACACGUUGUUUAAGCGAUAUGUUGCAGCCAUGGCGGGACCAGAGCGAGACGCAACCAAAGUAUGGAAGUGGAAAGGGGCAGAAGACGAUGUAUCGUCGGCAGCGCUGGCAUUGCAACUUAAUACACCGAAUCUGCAGUUAACGUUGAAUCUUGAUAAAGUAGGAAUGGUUGGCGGAGGAGGUGGCGAAGGUCGGUGGACGAAGCCUGGAGCUGAGUUAGACAUUGGACAACGGACGAAAACUGCAACAAGCGGUAAUAUACGAAAACCAGCGUCAGCAAUGGUAGAGCGGAAACCAAUUAAUCGAAGCAAGAAGAUUGAGGUGGUUGAAAUAGCAUGGGUACCACUUCCAACCGGAAUAUCAUCUUCCAUGAUGGCAACAUCAAACUAUACCUCAUCCUUGAUGCCGCCCCAGCAUAGCCUCACAGCGCAAGGCCUAGAGGACCAGAACAGCAAAAUAGUUUUCUUACCACACGCUAAAUACCCCGAAAAGGCCACAUUGUGUCCAUGGCCAAGCAAGGCGGCCUGUUUCGCCCUCUUUGACCCUGACUCAGCUAACGAGACGAGUCAACGUUGGAACGAAGGCGGCAGCACAAUUCACUAUCUCAAAACGCCCAUGGAUUUGGUAUUUGCGCUAAAGCAAUCAUCCAACCAAUCUCAUCUUGAGAAGAGGUAUCCAGAGCUUCUUGAAGUACGCAUUCCUGUCAAGCUUUCUCAAGGGCAGAGUACAAACGGAGGUGGGAUAAACCCGCUUCUCAUUAUCCCUGGCACAGCAGCCGCACCCGUUCUGCCCAAGGUUGAAGGAUUAAAUGGGAGUGCACUAUGGUCAUACAACGCAAGCCUUGUAGUUGGGAGCCUCUUCAUUGCCCCCAAAGAGGAAAAUGAAUCACCAAAGCUGGGAGAUCUGCUAGAAGCUCAUCCAAGCAAAUCGCUUCUACUUGUCAUCACAGCGCAACCACGAUUUGGCAAGGAUCGGAUGAAAGAUGCCUUCUUUGACGGCUCGUUCAUACUGCGUCAAGUCAGAGUCGUCCAUCCUGAUGAUUUAUCUGGCUACAGGUCGCAGUUUGACAUUUCGUGGGAAGCUCAAACGGCCUACCCUCGACAGAUAACAGUCCAGCCAGCCGUUACUCUAAAAAUGGGCGAACCAACACAUCUCUAUCUUGCCAGUAGAAAGCAGUUAUAUUUGCAUAUAACUGUGGCCAGCUCACGCCUUUUAGGACCAGAUGAAGAGGUCAUUUGUGAAGCAAAGCUGCGCAGUGGCUCAGGCAAACAGUUUGUGAGCUUCUCGCUGGCACCACACCUGCUGCGCGAAUCCACCUCAGCCAGUGAAUUAAGUAAUACAAACCUCCACGAGUUCACACCACAAAGCCCAGAGAAUAUAAGGCUCUAUGUCAAGUCGAAGUCAACGGGACGACGUGUGAGUCCGCGGUCGGCGCGCGUGUACUUCCCAGAGAUUCCCCGGCCAUUUUAUCCUAUCGAUGUGCGAUUUACGUUGGAUUAUCCGGGUAUCAACAUCUAUUGGAAGCAGCCCCCCAAUGUUCCAAAAAUAAGCGGUGCUGAUAACCCAUAUAAGGUACGCGUUAUGCUCAGCCCUGUAUGUCAACCCGAAGCGCCAUAUGAUUCCAAGAGCCCCGUUGUGAAUAAGGCCGUUGAUGCACAACUCGAAGCCAACAUGACACGUCUGGAGCGAGAUGUUCAUAUCUGGCAUUCUGAUAUGGAGGGUGAUCAAACAGUCCGCAUUGUACAUCAAUUAAUGGUCGAAUCUAAGCGGCUGGUAGGCCUCCUGGAGGAAAGGGCGGAUGUUUUCACCCUCUUGCUGCUUGACACUUUUAUAAAUCCCGUCACAGCGGCACCACUUGAUCUCUCCAAUCUUCCAACGGUGCAUUCACGCAGUCAAUUCGUAACAUAUAGGGCCACCAACGAACUCUGGUUUGUGGAAGGUAAUGGCACCAUCACCUGUGUCCACUGGCGCCGGGCCAACUACAAUGGAACGGUACUUGCUACAGUGACCCCGUUAAAGAUCUAUAAACAGGAUCUAUAUGCUGGGUCAGUGGGCGCAUUUGCCAUUUCCCCUGUGGGCAAGUCUCUUCAUAAGCACCAACUCGCCUGGGUCAAACGUGAUGGCGGCAUAGAUGCGGUAGAGCGAACACAGAUCAACUUUCUUGAAUGGCCCCACCAUGGGUGGAAACAGGUAGAUGCGGAUGAAAGGUGGGCAUCAAGCCCAAUGCCGUUCAAGAGGAUUGACAUCGCUCACACAUACUUUGGAUCCAUCUGCAUGUUUGGUACGGAGCCUGAAAUGUACAUGGUCUGGGCAGGGCCUCGAGGCGAGCUCUUCAUGUCAACAUCCACGGAUGGCCGUUUUUGGGGUGGUGAUAGGAGUUUUCUACAUCGUCGCUUGAAGCCACAGAUUAUAACCAAAGCGGGUUUAAUAGAUUGUGAUGGGCCCAUUAUGCCCGAAGGUGAGAUCGCUGUUGCUGUCUCAAAGGCCAUCUGUGCAGCAGGGCGCCUGGGCAAGCGAGGGCGAGACUUUUUCUGGGUGCGAAAGGGGGGAGGCAUACGAUGGAUGCGAUUCCAAACGGUACCCAUGCCGCCGUUUGGAGAGUUUAUGAGCUCAAUCCACGUCAGCGGACCCCUGGAUUUACUGUCUGUAGACGAUAAGGCCCACAUCGCUGACAGCGGUGAUGCCGAUACCUCGGGCUGUGGCCCGGUUGCUCUAUCUACGUUUUUCGAGUCUAGGGAACGACUAUUCAUCUUCUGGAUCGACGGCACCGAGGGUCGCGUUUGGGGCAAGACUGCAAUUCUACCUGAAGGAGAUGGCCAAACAUUUGAUAAGACGGAAUGGUCAUCCAAGUUCUGCGUCACACCCAACGGAGCAGACUGGCCUGGCCCUGUAGCUCAUCCAACUGCUUCGCGGCUUACAUAUUUUAUCAGAAAUCUGGAUAACAAUGCCAUAUGUCAGGGACCCAACGGUCCUGAGUGCAACACCGGCGUUGAGAGCAGCAGUCGCGGCUAUGCCAUUUAUUUACUCUGGUUUGACCCAGAAGGCCGCCUGUGCAGCGCGAGGACAUUGGAUAAUGAGUCUCAGAGAUUCACACAGUGGACGCGCUGCAUGCUUACAGACAAUGUGGCGGAACAAGCCCAAGCUGCUACACCAGGGACAGCUGGUCCAGGGAGAAAAAUGGAAUUGUUGAUUGUACGAUCAACAGAUGGCUCGUACUCUUCAUGUUUGAACGUGCAUGAUUUGGUGUGGGUGGGAAAAGAUGAGCGAUUCAGAGGCCUUGGUGUAGAAAUGGGCGGUCGAUGGAAUCGUUGA